UCAUGCAUUUUACCAAUUGAUUUCAUUACAUAAUUUACAUUCUAUCCUAAAUUCCUAAUCCUCUGCGCAUAUACCAAAUAAAAUGGCUGGUCCUAGAAACCCUUCUACAACUCCUCAAAAAAAUAAUCCAUGUAAACUAAUUGCGAUCAUUUGUCUCGCAUUGAUUGUGAUCGUUGGUCUAGCCAUCCUCAUAACAUGGCUCGCGAUCAAGCCUAAGAAUCUUCAAUACUCGAUUGUUGAAGGGUACAUACGUGACUACAAUUUAACCAAUGACGGGCAAUUUAAAUCAACAUUUUAUUUCGGUAUAUGGACUUUUAAUCCUAACCAUAAGGCCUCGAUUUACUAUGACAAAAUGGAUGUCAUAGUAACUUAUCGAGGCCAAGAUGUUGCAUCAGGGAGUAUAGCCCCGUUUUUUCAGCCUAAGAGGAAUGUCACAACACUCGAGUUUCAAAAUUCUGCUAAGGAUGUGACAUUGUCAAGCGAUCAAGUUAAGCAUUUGAAGAACGAAAGAAAUGGUGGACAGGUUGAUUUGGAUAUCAAGAUUAAUGCUAGAAUGAGAGUUAAGGUUGGGAUUUGGAAAUCAAGACAUUAUAAGGUUAAGAUUUUGUGUUCUCCGGUUGUUAUAAAUUUCUCUAAUGAUAAGAGGUUUCAGAAGACAAAUUGUGAUGUGGAUAUCUAAGGGUCUUUGAUCAUUUUGUUUUUUGUUGUUUGUUGAUCGAUUAAUAUUCUUUGAUUCUCCUAUUGUUUAGUUUGUGUGUUUUGUUUGUUUUCAUGUUUUUUUGUUUCUUUUUCUGAAAGAAUUGAGUGGAGGUUUGUAAGAUGAACAUCUUUUUAUGUCAUGUGUAAAAACUUUUGUUUGAUGUAAGGAAAUGUAAGCACAUUUGAUGAAUUUGUACUUUUGUGGUGAUUUGUUCUUCA